GUGUAGCAAAAGUUGAAGAUAAAAGUUGUUUUAGUUGCCCUACAUAACCAAAAAUGUUAAGGAAUUUGGGAUUUCUAUUUGCCUUCCGUUCUUUUCUUUUGGUUGUUUAUUUUGCUUUACUUACCUUUCAACCAUACUGCCCCUCCAUAUUUUGUUUGGAAUUGCAGAGAAUUUCAAUAAACUGACUUAUUUGAGCUGAAGAAUUGUGAAAAUGGUGAUUGAUCUCAUACACCAAUGACCUCACUGUUUGUCUAUAAUUUUUAUGUUAUAUUGUUGCAUAUUUUCAUAAUUUCUGUCUAAGGGAAAAGGGUUGGGGGAGGGGUGAUUGGAGGGUAAUCGUGGUACUCCAAGCUGAGUCGUUGACAGCUAAGAUCCAGAAUUGUGUUUUGAAGUUCUUCUGGCUGCUGAAAGAUUCACAUCAGUCCCUGUCUGUGGAAUUCAGCUCGUCAUCUCUUGAGGUGCCUCUGAUUCUCUUGCCGACUGUUUGUCUCUUUUGAGAAAGCAUCUAUUAUUAUUUGAUUGUCACUUCGCAUCUCAAAAUCAAAUUGGUCUAAAUUGCUGUAUUCUCUACUCUGUAGCCUAUUGGUGAAUUUUGUGAUUCAAUCUCUAGUAUACUCUGACCCAAUCUUUGUUGCAUAGCUCUACAUUCAAAUGGUUACAAACAUAGGAUGUGAUACUACUACUAAAAUCAUUGAUGAUGCUAUGAAAGAUCAAGCAGGCGACCAGGGGCCUGACCCGGAACGGCUUGUGAAAAUUUCUGAUCGUCUGGGAUUAAAGUCGAAUCAGGAGAUUCUCAUUGAAGCUGUGGCUCUUCAAAAGUUGAAGGAGAAUGCUGAGCAGGCUGAAAAGAGUGUGGAGGCUUUGGAGAGGCAAGGAACCAAAUCUAAAUGCCAUGUAAAAGGUUUGAGCUUGGAAGCUGAGAUCACUAAAUUGGAAGAUUUGAUAAGUGGCAAGGGUGAAAAGUAUCUUAAAGAUUAUUUGGAUUCUUCUCUAUUUGAAUCGACAGAGAAUUUGAAACUUUUGAAAAAGGAACUAUCAAGUAAAUUAAGGGAAUUUGUCUCCUUGAAGCGGGUACUUGAUGAACUACCAAUCGAAGCUGAACUUCUCCAGUAUGAACGUCGAUUUUCAGAAUUAAAUGUUCAUAUGCAGGAUAAACUUCAUCAAACACGCAAAUAUUAUGAAACCUAUAAUGCUCUUCUUGAGAUAAAGGACUUGAUGCUGAAGGAGACAUCUUUACUAAAUUCAGUAGAUUCACAAUUUGUAGAUGCAAUUGGGGACCCUGCUGGUCGUACAAAACUUAUUGAUUCAAUGGAAGCUAUUUUGAAGGGAAUUCGGAAGAAGCUUGAAAAGGUACAAGUCGGACUACAAUUGGGGCAAAAAACUUUUGAUACCCUCGGGGAACGUUAUAGCGCAGCCAUUAUGAAUCAACGUCAUUGUGCUGUCCUCUUGAACGAUUUUCAGGAAGAAUAUAGAAAGAAUGAGAGACUCAAAAAGGAACUUGCACGGCUUGAGAAGCAAAGGAGCCAAGCUUCCUCCUAGAUCUGUUUUUCAUGUAUAUCAGCUUAUGAUUUACAAUUGUGAGGUACACUUCAUAACUAGAUAAGUAACUGUAUUACAGUCAUACUUUGAGUGAGCUAUCAUCUCUUAUAUUUUUCUCAAUUCCAAUGUUUUAAUGAUUUGAAAAGUUUUUCAUAUUUGAACUAUUUUAUAUUGGUUUCAAUUUAUGUACUCCACUAGUAUUUGUCGAGGAACCAACUUAACCAAAAGCUCAAGCUGAUGGUUGAGGCCCCUGGAUAUGUUAUAUACUCUAACAGUAUUGGAUUUCUUUUACAAUCAGUGUUGAUGAAAAGUGGACUGGAUUUCUAUUUUGGAUAACCACAUUAAUCGACAUAACAGUCAGAAAAUACAAACAUACACAAAUAGACACAUUCAAUAUGGUUAUGUCGAUUAAUAUAACCAUAUUAACCAUAUACAAUCUGUUCGGCCGAGCCGAGCGAGGGUCUAGCAAUGCCCUUUUCUGCUAUUUGAGUUAUGUACUUAGUUUUAGUGUAUUUAUGACACUUUAGACUUAAGUUGUAACACUUAUAUGUUCCACUAAAUAUAUAGUACAUGGUAUGUAUAUCCUUAUUUCUAUACGUCCAAUAAACGUUCGCCAUUUAGAGUAUAUUAGGACCCCUUUUUCUUUUCCCAAUACUAAUUUGAUAAUCUUGUUUCAUGUAUCAACGCUAAUGUUCCUACUGAUUGAAUUAACACCAAGUACAAAAUACUUUACCAAUGAUCGAGUUAAAAUGAUAUCCCUACAGAUUUUGAAUCAAUUAAUGCAUUUGACCACUUGAAGAUGAAGUGCACACAAAACAAAUAACACAAUGUUAUUACUGUGACACAUUAUAAAGGUUGUAUUCAUAUCUAUUCAUAAAUUAUCAUAGUCUAUAUGCUAAUCUUGACUAUUUGAACCGGCCACACUUCAAACUUAUAUAGGUGGGUUCUCUUUAUGUUUAAAAUAUCCGCGUGAAUGGAUACUUCACCAAGAGUUAUUCUACUCUAGGCCUUGAGAAUUUUUAAUGGACAACUACCUCGUUCAUCACAUUUCAAAGAAAAUUUGGUCAUUAAUUACUUGUUGCUUACAAAAUUCAAAAGAAUUACACCACAUUAAAUUCAAGACACGAUGUCAAUCGCAUGUGAAUUGGGCUUUCCCUUUGACGCUUGCUCAAUUGAAUCCCUAUUCAUAUUAGUGACCAAAAUCA